AUUACGUCAGCCGGGCACCGAGAGCGCCAGCGCAAAGCGGACUGGGGGGACUGGGGCUGGGGGCGCGGCCUGCGCCGUCCGCCCCACCCUCCCUGCAUAAAAGGCCGAGCCAGCCGGGACGGCCCUCUCAGCCCGUCGGUUCCGGAGCGCCUUUUUAGUGACCCCGCUGUAGGUGUGUGAGGGGAGUACGGACAGACCCACUAGACAUCACCGGACCAGGAAGAAGCUAACUAGGCACCAUGCGUGAGAUCGUGCACAUCCAGGCAGGCCAGUGCGGCAACCAGAUCGGUGCCAAGUUUUGGGAGGUCAUCAGUGAUGAACAUGGUAUCGAUCCCACUGGCAGUUACCAUGGAGAUAGUGAUUUGCAGCUGGAGAGAAUCAAUGUAUACUACAAUGAAGCCACUGGUAACAAAUAUGUUCCUCGAGCUAUCCUGGUGGAUCUGGAGCCGGGCACAAUGGACUCCGUCAGGUCUGGACCAUUUGGCCAGAUCUUCAGGCCAGACAAUUUUGUGUUUGGCCAGAGUGGAGCAGGAAAUAACUGGGCAAAGGGCCACUACACAGAGGGAGCCGAGCUGGUAGACUCCGUCCUGGACGUGGUCAGGAAGGAGUCAGAAAGCUGUGACUGUCUCCAGGGCUUCCAGCUGACACACUCGCUGGGGGGCGGCACGGGGUCCGGGAUGGGCACUCUGCUCAUCAGCAAGAUCCGCGAGGAGUAUCCAGACCGUAUCAUGAACACCUUCAGCGUCAUGCCCUCGCCCAAGGUGUCAGACACAGUAGUCGAGCCCUACAAUGCCACUCUCUCCGUCCACCAGCUGGUGGAAAACACAGAUGAAACCUACUGCAUUGACAACGAGGCCCUGUAUGACAUCUGCUUCCGCACCCUGAAGCUGACCACCCCCACAUACGGGGACCUCAACCACCUGGUGUCGGCCACCAUGAGUGGGGUCACGACCUGCCUGCGCUUCCCGGGCCAGCUGAACGCAGACCUGCGCAAACUGGCCGUGAACAUGGUGCCCUUCCCCCGUCUGCACUUCUUCAUGCCGGGCUUCGCGCCCCUGACCAGCCGGGGCAGCCAGCAGUACCGCGCCCUGACGGUGCCCGAGCUCACCCAGCAGAUGUUCGACUCCAAGAACAUGAUGGCCGCCUGCGACCCCCGCCACGGCCGCUACCUGACGGUGGCUGCCAUCUUCCGGGGCCGCAUGUCCAUGAAGGAGGUGGACGAGCAGAUGCUCAACGUGCAGAACAAGAACAGCAGCUACUUCGUCGAGUGGAUCCCCAACAACGUGAAGACGGCCGUGUGUGACAUCCCGCCCCGCGGCCUCAAGAUGUCGGCCACCUUCAUCGGCAACAGCACGGCCAUCCAGGAGCUGUUCAAGCGCAUCUCGGAGCAGUUCACGGCCAUGUUCCGGCGCAAGGCCUUCCUGCACUGGUACACGGGCGAGGGCAUGGACGAGAUGGAGUUCACUGAGGCCGAGAGCAACAUGAAUGACCUGGUGUCCGAGUACCAGCAGUACCAGGACGCGACCGCUGAUGAACAGGGGGAGUUCGAGGAGGAGGAGGGCGAGGACGAGGCUUAAAUUCACAAGAUGGAGCAGGUUAGGGAAAGCUAAGAAGGAAAGCAAGGGGGUGGGGGGCUUACCGGUGAAAAUAUCUUGGCAGUUGAACGAAAGCAGCAUGGUCUACUGUAGGUGUGUGCACUGGUACUCUGGUGCUCUUCACUGUUGCCUGUCACUUUUUUUUUCCCUCUUUUUGUAAUAUUGAUGACAUCGAUGUAACAUUUGAGAUAUUUCUGAGCUAAUGUUGUAAUGGCUAAAAAUCACAUAAACGUUUGUGUCGUAA